AUGGCUGCUGUAGUUGUUCAGCCUAUCUACUCAUUUGGGCUGCGGACAGGUGUGACAAAUAAUUUGUGUUUCUCCGAUGAGCAAACUGUCAUCUUCCCCUGUGGAAACAACUGCGUGCGGUAUAACUUUGAUCAGAGAUGGCAGAAGUUUAUACCAGGAACAGAGAAAAGCCAAAGCAUGCAAGCUCUUGCAAUUAGUGCCAACCGGCGCUAUCUGGCAGUGUCAGAGAGUGGUGAGAAGGCAACCAUCACGGUGUAUGACCUGCAACAUGAACAGGGCAGAAAGAGGAAGAUCUUGAAUGGAGGAGAUAUUUCCAUGCAAGAAUUUGUAUGCAUGGCUUUCUCACCUGAUUCCAAAUACCUGAUUGGCCAAGCAGGUGGACCAGAAUGGAUGCUGAUCUUAUGGUUGUGGGAAAAACAGAAGGUCAUGGCUACUGUUGUGACCAGCGGCUCAACGAACUCUGUUACUCAGGUUAGCUUCAAUUCUUAUGACAACACUCAGAUCUGUGUGAGUGGCAAUGGAGUGUUUAAGCUAUUUCGCUACUCAGAAGGUGACCUGAAGCAGGGCAGCUCUCCAAGGGUGGACUCUGUCAAUGUUCUGUGCCAUACCUGGAUUACAGAGGAGCAAGUGAUUGCUGGUACAGACACGGGCAGGUUGCUUGUGUUUGAAUCUGGAGACCUGCGCAGGGAGAUAGACAUUGACACCAAGCCAGUGCUACAGGAUUCUGACAGAAAAGUAAAUGGGAAAAAAAGAGAAGAAAUGCAAGCAGAGGAGACAACAGAAGUUAUCAUGAUGGAGGGAGGCUGGUCAGCUCCUCGCAUCACAGCCAUUCUGUCCUACUCCAUGGGUUUUGCUUGUUCUGUGGGCCCUGGCAUCGUCAGUCUGUUUGGCAAGACAGAGAAGAAGGACAGUUAUAGGAAGACAAAGGAGAUCCGGAUUCCCCAAGAUCCAUGCAGUAUAAAGCCUAGCCAUGCAGAGCACCAGGAGAUCACCACCAUAUGUAUCAGCCCAUCAGAGGAGACUCUUGCUGUCAGCACGGAUCGAGGACAGCUCUACAGCGUCACCCUAUCCUCCACUGAGACCAGCAAGGACGAGCAAGCACAUUUUGAGUUCCUGUCCUGCUCCUUCCACUCCAAGCCAAUUACUGGCCUUUCCAUCUGUAUCCGCAAGCCCCUCAUUGCCACAAGCUCCAGGGACCACUCUGUCCGCAUCUGGAACUUUGAAACAAAUGUGUUGGAGCUAUACAAGGAGUUCCAAGAAGAGGCCUACAGUGUGGCUCUGCACCCCUCUGGACUCUUCAUCCUAGUUGGUUUCUCGGAUAAGCUGCGGCUGAUGAACCUGCUCAUUGACGACAUUCGCACCUUCAAAGAGUUCCCUGUGCGCAGCUGCCAAGAGUGUUCUUUCAGCCAUGGUGGUCACAUGUUUGCUGCUGUCAACCGAAAUAUUAUCCAUAUUUACUCUGUCAUCACAUUCAAGAACAUCCUAAAUCUGAAAGGCCAUAAUGGAAAGGUGCAGGCCAUUGCAUGGACCCUGGAUGACAGUCGGCUAGUGUCGUGUGGGAUGGAUGGCGCAGUGUAUGAGUGGAACACUUUGAGCAGCAAGCGGGAGUCGGAGAGCAUCCUUAAAUCCUGUAGCUACACAGGUGUCGCCAUCUCCUCAGACACCAGGAGCAUCUUCACUGUAGGAACUGACCACACCCUGAAGGAAAUCAAAGAGUGUCAAAUCCUGAGGGAGGUGUCAUCUGAUGAUGUGGCCUACACCAGCAUUGCUAUGUCUCGCUGUGGCAGGGUCAUCUUCACCGGGACCUCCAGUGGUACCAUCAGGGCAAUCAAAUACCCCUUAUCUAUCCACAGGGACUGGAUCGAGUGCCCGAGUCACUGUGGCCCAGUCACCAAGAUGGUCAUCACAUAUGACAACCAGUUCCUGGUGACGGCAUCUGAAGACAGCUCCCUGCUGGUGUGGAGGAUUGUAGACAAGGAGAGCAGAGGAUUUCAGAGAGACAAGGAGAUAGUCUAUUCCAAGGAGAUCCUCAUCACCAAGUCUGACCUGGAGGAGAUGAACCAGAACAUGUUAGAACUGAAAACACAGGUGGAGGAUCUCAAGAUGGAGAACAAAUACCAGCUCCGCCUUAAGGAUACGAACUACAGUGAGAAGAUCAAGGACCUCUCUGAAAAGUUCAACCAGCAGUUGGAGUCCUUCAAAACCAAAAGCCAGGCCAUGAAGACAGAGAAGGAGAAACAGGAACGUUUGCACCUGGAGGCCAUUUCUAAGGUUGUUGAGGAACACUCCAAAGAACUGCAGGAUUUAGAAUCAUCCAACUCCCAGAAGCACAUGCUAGAGUUCAGGAAGAACCAGAACCUUCAAGAUAAAUGUCAACGUAUGCAGGAGUACUAUGAGAAGCAGUUGACAUCUGCAGAGGAGAGCAAGAGUCAUGCCCUGGAGGAGCACACCAACUGCUACGAGGCCAAGUUGCAGGAGAAGAUUCACCUCCUGGGCAAGCACCAAGACGAGGCAAGGCAACAGAUGCAAGAAUUUGACGAAAUGAGCAGGCAGAUCAAGGAAGUUUACGACCAAGAGAUCAAUGAUCUCCAAGUCAAUUAUGAGAAAAAGCUUCAGGCCGAGAGAGCAAACAACGGGAGCCUGAGGGAAGAAACAGGCAUCAUGAAGAAAAAGUUUGAAAGCCUGCAGAGAGAGAUUGACGAUAAAUGUGCAGAGAUAGAGAAGCUGAAGCAGGAGCAACAGAAGCUGCCUGGGGUGAUCAAUUCACUGGAGAAGGAAAUCAAUGGCCUGAAGAGGGUGAUCUCUGAGAGGGACGAGACAAUCCAGGACAAGGAGAUGAGAGUCUACAACCUAAAGAGGAAGCGACAGCAGUUGGAAAAGUUAAGGUUUGUCCUGGACUAUAAAACCACAGACAUGAAGAAGCAGAUUGAGCAGCGAGAGGAUGACAUCAAACAGAUGAAGGAAAUCAUCCAACAGAUGGAGAUGGAGCUUAACCAAUUCCACCAGAAGACCACCCUGCUGGAGCUGACCGUUUCGGACCUGAAGCUCAAGCUUGAGAGCACUGACAAGCAGAAGCACAAGGCGAUGCAGAGAGUGAAGGAUUUGGAAACCUAUGUGUGUAGCUUUGAGGCAGCGCUCCAUAGCACUAAAGCCUUCCUUCAAGAGCCCAAGAAACUCAAGAAAAGCCUAAGGAAGCUCUACGACUGCUUCAUUCCACCGGGUAAUGUGGUGGAGAUGGUGGGAGUAGACCCGGAUGUUCUGAAGGAGCAUCUUCGCCAUCACCAGCACCUGGAGAGGAAGUUGACCUCUCUGGAGAUGAACAUGCACAAAGACUCUGAGUUUCUCCCACAAAACCAUGUAAAAAUCAUGAAGGAGAAUGUGUCCCUGAUCAAAGAAAUAGACAAACUGCGGAAGGAGCUGCACAUGGCAAAGGCUGAGAUCCACAGCUAUGAAACGCACACAGCCAAGGCCAAGAGGCCAAAGAAACACAGCUCCUCUGACCUUAAUGUGGCAACAGUGGAGUCCCUCGGAGACUCGGGGGAAAACCGGGUGGUGCGCCUGAACUUUGAGGAGGAAGCAGAGCGGAUCAUCCAGCUGCAGCGCUUGGAGAUCCAGAGGCUGAGGCAGGAGAGUGUCAGCAAAGACCUUGUAACCAUGCAUUCCUCCUCUAGCACCAAGCUUCCUGCUCUCAACACCUGA